CAGCAGCGAAUGUACCGCUAUGUGCGGCGGCCGACGAUGGGUGUUUUUCGCUGGAAGGCCCCACCCACACCUCGGCGGACGCACCUUGCGUCGCAAUUACCUGCUGCAGCUCGCGUCGGACGCCCAAUUCUUUGCUCGGACGUCUUCUUCCGGUCAAGGUGCACGCGAUCCGACACCCGCAACUCCGUUCUCACUGCAAUCCAAGCCGCGAUCUGAACACAAAUCCGAGCCGAGACAUAAGUCACUCGGUGGUCGGCGACAUCAACAACACCUGAGACAGCAGCCAGCAGCCUGCAACGCCUGCAACCUUGCUACCAACUUGACAAAAUUUACAUAUCCUAAAUCUUCUUUCUUAUAAACAAUUUUAAAUUUACUUCAAGAAUUAAAAAUUUGAAAAACGUCUAAUAAACCAAUUCAGUUUAAUUGUAUCGCUUUAUUACGUUCACUUGUGAGAGUUUUAAUAAACAAAUGUUAAUUAUUCUGUUGGCGUCAUCGCUAUGGUUGAAGAAUUUGCCUCUGGCGGCGCGAAAUAUCAAUAUAUUAAUGCGUAUCACAUUUUGUUAUCGUCAACUUUGAGUAAACUUUCUCAUCCUUCAGUAAACAUUUGUUAGGUUAGGUUUGAUAUGACACGAGAAGAAGAAGCGGUUCUACUGACAAUGAGUAUAAUAUAAAAAUAGAGGCGACAACAAAAAUCGUUGAGACAUUUUUAAGAGUAUGAGAAAAAAUAUAUUGAAAAACAGUAUUAUUCAUAACGAUUUUUAAGAAGAUAUUAUAUAAUCUAAUUAAUAUUACUUACUAGUAAUAACGGUAAAACAAUAUUGUUACUUUUUUAAUGAUAGAAGGCUUCUUUGAUUUUUAAACACUUCUGCUUUUAUUUACAUGAAGUUGAACAAGGUGCAAAGGAUAGAGAGGAAGUGCAGAGGAGAGGGUCUAUCCGUAUAAAAUACGGGCUGAUAUAAUCAGUAGUUGGUCGGUCUGCGGAUGUUUAUUGUGCGUGACUUGAUUGGAACUUUUUAAAGAGCUCAAGUCUCUUCCUCUUCUACUUCUUUCUUACUAACAUUGAAGGCUGGUGGCUUUAUCUACCUAUCAAAUCUGUAUUUAUUUAAGAAAAAUGAUUUUUAAAAAAAAUAGCAAAUUAAUAGUAAAUUCAAGUUGGUGCAAUAAAGGCUGUCUGACUGAGUAACCCCAUUCUCUAAUUUAGUUUUUCACUAGCAGAGUUUCAAUAAUCCACAUAAAAUGCCUCUUAAAAAUGAAAUUAAAUAAAAACUUACAACUAUACAUUCUGCUACACUCCUUAACUAAAAAACUCAUUUUCUAUUGCGUUGUAUAAUUAUAUUUCCAUGGUGGCGUAAAAUUGAGAUGAAAAUAGAAACAAUUCAAACUUGAAACAGUAAUUAAAAGCGCGAGAGUGCAAGGCCUAAUGACGUCAUUUGUCACAAUUUCUAAAAAUCGAUUAAUGGACAGAAAGAUGGUUAUCCCUUAUUUAAAAAUAUUUCAGCUAGCGUGACAUUGUAAUUAAUAUCGGCGGCGCACCCGUAGUCUGUUUCCCUCAACCGUGUUUAUUUCAUGACGAGAUCCAUACUCAAAUCACACACGCAGGUUGACAUGAUGUCGCACGCGGCGUUUUUCAUAGGGAUGUGCGUCUUAUUGGAUAAUCUAGUUAUGGUAAAUUUGGUCGUAAACUCCAAUGGAAAAAAGAUGGAGAAGCAAAUUGCAGGCCUGCUUCCAGGGACGGCGGCCUGGCGGCUAAUUUAUGAGCCCUGCAAAAUAACGUGCGGCGGCUCUUAUCAAAGGUCAGUAGCGGUGUGCAUGAAGGGCGACUGGCGAGUAGACGAGUCCUCAUGCAACGGCGACAAGCCCCAAGAGCAGACCAAGCCCUGCGGCCAACAGCCCUGCUUCUCACCAAGGUGGCGGCAAUUUAACUACUCAGAUUGCAGCGGGUCCUGUGGUUCUGGCAAAGUGCUGCAAGUUUCAAAGUGCUACGUUCAAUCGAAGAAUUCAAACGGACAGGCUGUUUUUCUUGAGGUGGCAGAGCGAAUGUGUCUACCGGAUCUGCGACCAACGCCGACGCCGACCCCGAUCGAUUGCAAACUACCCGAUUGUCCGCAGACUUUGGCCAAGGUGGAUACUAGUCCAGGCAGCUCUAACGACCCCAAAAAAGGCUCAAACGGCGCCGCCACAAGUGCAGUCCUCACAACUUCAAUCGUCGGUUUGGCCAGUUUGACGGCCGCUCUUUUCAGAAUUCUCCUUUUUGGUAGCUGAGAGCGAGAUGAACGCUUGUGCAAAAGACUGAAAAUGUGAAUCGUUUUUUAAACUGCAGAAAAAUUUUAUUGCUUGAGGAUCCAUGAUUUUGUUUUCAUUUGCCGCUCUCCAAUUGUGUCAGCCGUUGGAGCACCAAUCUUCUUCCAGGCACGAAAAAACAAAACAGC